AUUUCCGUGGCCAAUUCGAGAAGUGCGUGCAAGGGUUCUAGCGAGGUGGCUAGAAGCGUGCGGCUUUUACAGCGUUUCUUGAAGCUAAAGAUUUUGGAGGUCGAUUUAGCGAUGGGAGAUCCCAAUCCUUCGAAUCAGCGAUGCCGUCUUUGCUUGGGUCCUCUCUCCAAGGAUAUGAAAACGAACCGUUGGACUGUGGCCCCGUUGAUACGAGAUAGCUUUUCAAUGAUUGGCACUGCUGUUGGUGGAAUUGCAAGUGCAUUUUAUGGCUUUAACCAUGCCAUGCCUAUUGUUAGGAGGAUGGUCACUGGGCCAAUGUGGUUACACUUUUUUAUUGGUGCUCCACCUGUAAUUGUUUUCUCAUCGGCUUGUGCUGGAUUGGCAGGUGGGGCAUUGCCAGCUUUUGCUCAACUAGCUUCCUCCUCAUACCAUGCAGCCAUGUCAUCGUCAGCGCUGUCGCAUGCUUCCUCUCAGGAAGAUAGUAUGGAAAGGAAAACGUCGUCUCCUCUAUAGCCUAUUUACCUUCAUUUCUUAGUAUCUCAAAGUAACAUGCAACCAUUUUGUUACUCCCUGCAAUCUUUUUGAAGUGAAAUAGCUCAAAAUAUUGAAUAUGACUACUGCAAAGUUUGUUUUAGCAACACUUUCUCAAAUAAGUUUGUUUUGUCUUUAUAUGGCAUCUCUGACAUGCUUAUUUAUGAGCCGCCUGACAAUUUCAUGUACAAGUUUGUGGAUAGAAGAUUAAGAAAUAAUUUAUAUUUUUGUUGCAA